CGGGAUGACGGCGGAGGCGCGGGGAGCGCCCGGCGGCGGCUGAAGGCGGGCACGGGGCGCGUGGAGGCGAGCGGCUGAAGCUCAGCGGCGAGUCCGGCCGAUGACAGCGGGCUCGACUGAAGGGGACGCAGAGCGAACGAAGCGGGAGCGGGGCAGCAGCGGCGCCGCCGAGCCCGUCCCGCGGAGGCUCGUGCCGCGCCUGCCCUGAGGACAGCGGGACCCCGGCGGGGAAAGUUUGGCGCUCGCCCGCCCCCGUCCCGCCGGGCAAAGUUGUCUUUGGGUUUGUUUGUUUGUUUUCCCUUUCCUCCUCCUCCUCCUCCUCCCCCCUUCCGCUCCCCCGGCGGCUCCGUGCGGGGAGGAAACGGCGAGGGAAGCAGGAACUGAGGAGCGACCCGGGAGCCUCCCCAGCGCCCGGCAGAGCCCGCUCCGCUCCUCUCCUCGUCCGUGCGGUGUGUGAGCGCAGCCAGGACUUCGUUUUUGGUGGUGUUUUUCGUUGUUGUUUUUUGGGGUUUUUUUGGUUUUUUUUUUUUUUUUUUUAAGCCCCUUUGUUUUUUGCCCGCCCGCUUCUCCCUCCGGUACAAUAUAUGCUCGUGGAGAGCCGCCCCGCCGCCCAGCCAUGUCGGCGGCCAUCUCUGCCGCGGAGAAGGUGGAUGGCUUCACACGGAAAUCGGUGCGCAAGGCGCAGAGGCAGAAGCGCUCGCAGGGCUCCUCGCAGUUCCGCAGCCAGGGCAGCCCGGUGGAGCUCUCGCCGCUGCCCCAGCUCAAAGAUGCCACCUUCAAUGAACAGCAAGAUCUUUUUUGUCAGAAGUUGCAACAGUGCUGUGUGCUCUUUGACUUCAUGGACUCUGUUUCAGACCUGAAAAGCAAAGAAAUCAAGAGAGCAACACUGAAUGAACUGGUUGAAUAUGUUUCAACAAAUCGUGGAGUGAUUGUUGAGUCAGCUUAUGCUGACAUAGUGAAAAUGAUUAGUUCUAAUAUUUUCAGAACACUUCCACCUAGUGAUAACCCUGAUUUUGAUCCAGAAGAAGAUGAACCAACUCUUGAAGCCUCAUGGCCCCACAUACAGUUGGUGUAUGAGUUUUUCCUGAGGUUUUUGGAGAGCCCGGAUUUUCAGCCCAGCAUUGCAAAGCGAUACAUUGACCAGAGAUUUGUACAGCAGUUGUUGGAGCUCUUUGACAGUGAAGACCCACGAGAACGUGAUUUUCUAAAGACAGUUCUCCAUAGAAUUUAUGGAAAAUUCCUCGGUUUAAGAGCAUUCAUCAGGAAACAGAUAAACAACAUUUUCCUCAGGUUUAUAUAUGAAACAGAGCACUUCAAUGGUGUUGCUGAACUCCUUGAGAUAUUAGGAAGUAUUAUCAAUGGUUUUGCACUGCCACUGAAAGCAGAACACAAACAGUUCCUUAUGAAAGUUCUGAUUCCCAUGCAUACUGCAAAGGGAUUAGCUUUGUUUCAUGCACAGCUUGCCUAUUGUGUUGUACAGUUCCUGGAAAAAGACACAACUUUAACAGAGCCUGUAAUCAGAGGAUUGCUCAAAUUUUGGCCAAAAACAUGCAGUCAGAAAGAGGUAAUGUUUUUAGGUGAAAUUGAAGAAAUCUUAGAUGUUAUAGAACCAACACAAUUCAAAAAAAUAGAAGAGCCUUUAUUUAAGCAAAUAUCCAAGAGUGUGUCAAGUUCACAUUUUCAGGUUGCAGAAAGAGCUUUGUACUUCUGGAAUAAUGAAUAUAUUCUUAGCCUGAUUGAGGAGAACAUUGAUAAAAUUCUACCAAUUAUGUUUGGCAGUUUAUACAAGAUCUCCAAAGAACACUGGAAUCCAACCAUUGUGGCACUGGUGUACAACGUGCUGAAAACCCUGAUGGAGAUGAAUGGCAAGCUCUUUGAUGAGCUCACGAGCUCGUACAAAGCAGAAAGGCAAAGAGAGAAAAAGAAAGAAUUGGAACGUGAAGAGUUGUGGAGAAGGCUGGAGGAGUUAAAGCUUAAGAAGGCGAUGGCAGAAAAGCAGAACAGCACUCACACCGUGCUCAAUGCACACAACACAAGUGCCAAAUAAAAGAAAUGACCACCUCUACUCGGCAGACAUUCUUUUUUUGUACCCUUUUGAAAUAUAUAAGGAUUUGCAAAAGAAACCUCAUCAGUAUAAUAGAAACAGCCAACUUUUUUCUCUGGCAAAUGUAAAGAUUUGAGUUUAAAUACAGCAAUUAAGCGAUGUCAUUACCACAACAUAUUGUAAAUUUGUCUAAUUAUUGAUGUACUGUCACUUCCAAUGUUUCAUAGAACUGAGUUUUCAUCCUUAAUGAGUGAAAUAAUUAUGGGAGUGGUGAGAAUUAUGACUUGAAUUUUUGAUUGUGUUGCACAUAGGUGGUAUAGUUUGCUACGUACACAUUUUUCCUUGUUUUAUAUGUGCUUUUCACAUUGCUGCAUACUUUGGUUAAGAUGAUAGAAAAGGCUUCUAGUUGUGCUGUAUUUUCUCAAAUAAAACCAAGGUACGUUCCCAGUAACCUGAGAUACUCAGUACAUGCCCCUGACAGCUCUAAGAGGAACUCUGAUACAGAGCUGUCCUUGAAUUCUGAUUGGAUUCAGAGUUAGAUUUACACAAUGCUCACGUCAGAAAGGAGGCAGGGCAGGGAGAGAAUCAGCUGCAAAAGGUUGGGGUGGCCAGGGCCUCUGCCCCAUUGCUGCUGCCUCUGGGGUCCUGGGCUAGUUAGGGAUUUCCUCCUGCUACAGCUGAGGAUGGAGCUUCCUCUGGAGAGCCCAUCAAUGAUGCUCCUCAUCAGCCAAGGACCCUCCAGAGAGCUGCAGUCUCCAAGAGAGAUUCAUCUUGGGUGUUCCUGCAGUAGGAUUAGCAUCUCAUGGACUGAAGAAUGAGACCAAAAUUGGCAUUACUAUAUUUUUAUUUUUUUUAGUAAGGAGGGAAGAAUGUGAAGAAAUUACUCCUUGUUUUCUUUAAAGAAAAUGCAGUGUUUUUUAAAGGUGGAAAGUUGACAAUAGAAGUCUUGUCUGUUUACUUGAUCAAGUAUUUUUUCACAUCUUUUAUCAGAGUACCAUUCCAAUCUCUUAAACUGCAGUUGUGUGGAAAAAUUUUGUAAUGAAAGAUCUUUGGGGAAUUGAGCAGCAUUCAAUAAAGUCUUUAUGUUUGUAUUUA